CUCCAUGAAGCCUUGUUUCCUGGGUGUAACAGUGAAGCUGCACAUAAAAGGAGGCAGAGCUCCAUCAUUCACGAGAAGCUCGUCCACCGGGUGCAGAGUCAUCGUCAUCGAAGCUCCAGAGGACACGUCUUUGCUGUAGUCUGAUUCAGGUAAAAGCACCUUUAGAGACGGACUCGUCCUGUAGUAAGUCACAUGACCAGCAGCAUGCUCCGCCCCCUGAUCUACCUGUCUGUGCUCAGCCUGCUGGCAGGAGCUGCUGCACAGAUAUAUGAGCAGCAGACCAUCAAUGCCUCGUCAGUGCUGAACAGCUCAUGUCCCUUCACUUUUUAUGGACGGACUUAUCAACAAAUCUAUGUCACCAUCUCCAAUGACACGUUCGCCAUCUGUUUCAACGGCUUCUACGACCCUCAGACCAGAGGAGACUGCAUCGUGGGGCCUCAGUUCCCAUUCAACCAAAUUACAUUUUAUACAGCGUCUUACAGCUAUAACUACUACUACUACUACUGUUACAUGGUGCUAUAUACAUCAGACUACUACAAUUAUAAUUUUUCCUAUACACAAUUUGUGCUAUAUAACUCAACCACAGGAGCAAGUGUGUCUUUCUAUGAAGGCAACAAAGGAUCAUGGGUUUACGAUGUCCAGGUCAACGGCGUCACAGUCGAUAAGCUGAACAUCAACAACAGUGCUACGUCCUAUUACUCCUACGCAAGUGUGGACAUCAGGGGAUGCAGACACUCAGGUGUUGUGUACAAACCUGGGACCGCGGUGACCUCUGACCCCACAACCUGCUACUCUCUGAUCUGCGACACCUCUGCCGUCCUUCGUAACGUUACCUGUGACCCCUGGGAGCGUUGUCAAGGCAACGGAAUCUGCGCGUCGACCGCGUGCACCGUGACUGGACCCGCCGUCAUCGACUUUUACGGCCGGCUCGGCUCCAUCCAGGACCGCUGUACGUACUCUCUGCUGUCCCGCCUCUCGGGCCCGAGCUUCCAGGUUCUGGCCAACUUCCAGGAGCGGCGCCGUAAAGACGUGAGCUUCGUGGACAGCGUGGCGCUGGUGCUGAGUGGGUCGGGCCUUUUCAUCAACCUGGGACAAGGCGGCACGGUCCAGGUGAAUGGCGCCCCGUUGGCCCUGAACAGCUCGGCGCUGGUCGGGGGCGUGGAGCUGUUUAAAGACCAGAGCGGCGUCACCGCCAGGCUGUCGCUCUCCAACUACACCGUGUCCGUCUUCUUCAACGGCUACACGGCUCAGAUCCACACGGCAGGACCCGCCGGAUCUCCUCUGUCUGGUUUGUGCAGAAACUCCAGCGUGUCUCUGAGCGAAGUGAGGAGCGCAUACAGCGCUAGUGGAUGUGAGGUUCUGUACAACGACACUGCCGACAGUUCCGUCAACUGCUCAGCAGAGAUGCAGCGCUGCAACCUGCUGAGGGCGUCCCCCUUCGCCUCCUGUAACGACCUCGUCGACCCUCAGCCCUACAUCAGCGCCUGCGUCGCCACCAUGUGCAGGUACCCGUCCGUGGACGAGCUGCGCUGCCAGUUUCCUCAGGCCUACGCCGGCGCCUGCAGCCUGCGGGGCGGCGGCGCCGGCAGCUGGUGGGGGGCGGUGGGCUGCGCCUCCCCCCAGGCCUACUGCCCGGACCGGCUCUGCAGCUCCCACGAGUUCUGUGCCCGCGGCGCCGGCGGAUCCGUCUGCUUGUGUCGGGCCCUGUUCGCUGCCAGUCACUCCUCGACGGGCGCUUUGGGCGCUCCGGCCGUCUGCAGCUCCAACGCUGCCUCCAUCGCUCUGGCCCGAUGUCUCCUGGAGGAGAGAAACAUCAGCUACUCCGCGCUGCACCUCAGGGACGGGCGGUGCCGAGGCCGCAUGGACGAGCAGACCCACAUGUUGACCUUCAGCUUUGACACCAGCAACACGUGUGGGGCUGUGAUCACAAGCAACGACAGCUACGUAACAUACAGCAACGCCAUCACAGACCAGGACAACUCAUCUGACGUCAUCGUUCGCCACGACCAAGUCUACAUCGACUUCUCCUGCUACUACACUCAGCCACAAAUCAGGAGCAUAUCCUUCAGGGUCAAAACCAACUCUGUGGUCCAGCACAUCACAGCUGGAGCCUGGUUUUACUCUCUGACCAUGACCUCCUACACCGACGCCGCCCGCUCCCAACCUCUGACACCCAGCUCCGAAGUCCAGCUGGACCAGAGGAUCUGGGUGGAGCUGAGGACCGACGGUCUGGAUGGCAGCGUGGUUGCCGUGGUGACCGACUCCUGCUGGGCAACCAGUGGUCCCUCACCCAGUGGAAGUCUGAGAUACGACCUGAUCGUGAACGGUUGUCCCAACCCUGCAGACCAGACGGUGCAGAUGCAGGGAAACGGGCUGGGGACGUCCAGCUACUUCUCCUUCAACAUGUUCCAGUUCUCGGGGCAGUCUGCUGACGUCUACCUUCACUGUGAAGUCCAGCUGUGUGUGAGAGGGAGCAGGAGCUGUGUCCCGGUUUGUAGCGGAGCUGCUCGAAGGCGCAGAUUUGCCCGCCGUCGUCCUGCGUACGAGGAGGAAGCUGCAGCCUUCAUCAGCAUGGCCUGGACUGAGUAGCUACGACACUGUGAAGACCUGCUCCUUUUUACCUUGGUUGAUUCACUUUUCUUUGAAAGAGGGUUUUUCCUGUCACGUCCUCCUACUCGAGGCUGAUCGCUCAUAAGGUCUAGGAACCGCUGUCUCAUUUUAAACAACCCACAAAGCUUCAGGUGAUGAAGCCCUGGGCUCAUCCACUACCUGUAGAUCCGACAUCACGAUUACUGAGAAAUCAGUUCAUACAGGAAAACUUCAGACGAAGGAUGACAGAAGCAGAGACACGUGACACAGGGUUGAAUGACGAAAGAUCAAUGUUUGUCGACCUACAGCGUUCACCAACUUUCAAUCGGUCCUGAUCCAGAGGCUGGACGUGUAAAGAUAAACAGCUGUUUAUGGUGAAAAGUAAUGAAAUAAUUAAUGUCAUGUCUUUGAUAUAUAUAGAUAAUCAGUGUUUAAGGACUUUGUUUAAUUAAUCGUUUCCUUUCUAGUGACCCAAGAUUAGUAAAGUAUCUCUGACCAGGAAAUUUUGAGGUUUCUUUUCAUUUCCUGUUUGUAACAUCUAAAAAUCAACAAUAAAGAACCGGGACGUGGUUAAAGACAAA